GUGAUACAGUGUGAUGUGAUAUCAAUAUUGAAUAGCUUUAGAAACGUAAAAUAGAAAAAAACGUUUUAAUGAAAUUGGAAGCGUCCAGUGUUUUAUGAGAAUUCAAUCUCGCGAUAAUGCGAGAAGGGAACUACACUUCAUGCUGAUCACUGAUAAGGACCAUCAAAUAGGAAAUUUCCAAUGAAUGUUCCACUAUAUGGACUUCUUGGAGUUGCAGCUGCUAUACUCAUAUAUAUUGUUGGACUUGGAAUGAUCGUGAAGUUAUUCAUUUGUUUGAUCGCCUUAAUUUUAGGGAUAAUCACAUGUAUAUAUAGAACGUAUGGCGCAAACCUUGAUAAUACAGUUAGAUCUGAAAGAGAAGACAUAAACAAGAAAACUGAAAAAUUACGGCAGUACAUUUUAGAUCUAUCCAAGCAAAAGAUGACCUUUACUUUAGAUAGAAGAAUCACUGGUAGUCGUAUUAUUGACGAGUCCCUGCAAGAAAUAUUAGAUUUCGUUAUCAGAGAUUAUGUGGAACCAUGGUACAGCAUUAUUACAGACGACGAGGAGUUUAUAUGUUCUGUUCGGGACACUGCUCAGAAAAUAGCUAUCAACAUUGCAAAUCGAGUAAAAGGUGUAGAUUGGAUACCAUAUUUAACGACACGUCUCGUGGAUGAUGCAGCUUCUCACGUUAGGCUGUAUCGACAAGCAAGAGCGAAAAUAAAGCAACUUCGAACCAAAAAAUUGCAGAAAGGUAGUGCUAGUUCAAGUACUUCUAGUGGUACUCCUAAGAAGACACCUACACAUAGACGAAAUAAAAGCGAAACAGAUGUAUCCUGGUACUCCCAGUCUAAGUUUUAUAUUCCCAAUUUAUCAUCCCUCACUGAACCCAUUGAAAGUAAUGAAGAGAAAGAAGAGGAAUCGCUGGAGAAGGUAUUCUUUGAUUUGGAAGUGCAGAUGGAGAAUAAUUUGAUCUGUAGGGACCUGAUGUGCACUAACAGCGCCCAGGAACUCGAAUUUCUUGGAGAAAUAUCUGAGAUUUUAUUGUAUCUUGUUUUACCAAAGGAAGACUUUGAUUGCCUGACUGUGAGAUUUAUUUUAAGAGAGUUGUUAGUAAACGUGAUUAUUAGACCAUUGUUGGAUUUAUUCUCUGACCCUGAUUAUAUUAAUCAGGCAUGUAUAUGGCUGUGUGCUAAGGAAGGUAGCUUACCCAGCGAUGUGUUCUUAACAGUGAUCAGAGUGACAGAUAGCUUAGAUGAACUAAUGGCAACAAAAAACAUAGUCUGUAAAGAAAUAGCUCAUCUUCGUUCUAAGGAUUCUGGAGGAGAAGAUGAUCUAUCAGUAAAGCAACAGUUGAACAGCUUGCUAUAUGUAAAAAAAAUCUUGGAAACUAGAAUUAUCGGUAUGCAGGAAGGGCUGGAGUCAGAGACUGAUGGGAUUGGUACUCAACCUGAUUGGAACAGACUAUUGAUGCCUGGACAGAAACUAGUGAAUUUACCCCUAGAUGAGCUUUUAAAAAAUAAUAUUGCAUUAAGUUACUUCAUUGACUAUAUGACUUCUAUAAAUGCAGAGUCAUAUCUGUUCUUUUAUUUGAACAUUUAUGGCUGGAGAGUGUCAGCAGAGCAACAGAUAUCGAACAUAGAAUUACAGAAGUUGCAUGCAGCCCAAACAGCUCCCAGUCUUAUGAGUACCAAACGUAAAAACACAGACCUAGAUAAUUUAAAGGAAGCAGCUACCAAAAUUUACCAACAGUACCUUAGCGAUAAAGCCUCUCCCAAAUUACAAUUAGAUGAUGCCUUAGUAAAAACAUUGUUGAACAGAAUAAAAACUGAAUCUGUGAAGGAGACAUGGUUCGAUGAUCUUAGAGUUUGUUGUUAUGAAAAAUUGCAAAACGAGGAUCGAUUCUUGCCCGGUUUUAAAAAAUCAAUGGCUUAUGUCAAGCUGCUUGCUGAAUUAGACCUUCUAAAGGACCCAACAUCUGAGGAAGACACAAAAUCUUUGGACAGUAUCAGUUUAUCAAGCACAAAUAAUGAAUUGGAAACUCUAGAUGAAAUGUCUGAGAUAUACAAGCCUGAAGACAUUAAACCAGUUGAAUUAAAGGAUAGCAAAUUAAAAUCUAGUUCCUCGUCAAGUUUGAUCAGUAUCAUGGGUCCAAAUGAGGAUAAAGCAGAGCCUGAAUCUGAAAUUAAUAUGAGGAUUGUAAAGAGUAUAAGAAAGGCUGUUAGUAUUGAUACAGACCAUGUCAGCGAGGGCAAAGAUGUCACUUUUUAUCUAGAAUCAAAUGCAGAGCAAUUUGUUAAAUUAGACGAUAAUACUUAUGAUCAGAAUGUCAUUAAAAAGUUACAACAGGGAAAAUUCGAAAUUACCGCAAAGAUUAUUGAAACUGGGAUAGUUAAUGACCGUGGAAAAACCUAUGGGAUCUAUGCAGUGGCAGUAACCAAGAGUUACGAUUCAGGUUAUCAGGAGAAAUGGCACAUUUAUAGGAGAUACUCUGAUUUCUACAACCUUUAUCAGAAGAUUAAAGAAAAAUAUUAUGAUCUAGCAAAAAUUCCUUUUCCAGCAAAGAAAGCUUUUCAUAAUAUGGAAAGAACUGUCUUGGAAAGAAGAAUGUUAAUGCUGAAUGCCUGGUUGUAUCACUUAACGAAACCAGCUGUUGUUGAAGGGCACAUGGGUUUGCAGAAUAUGUUAUUAAACUUCCUGGAACAGGGGGAUUACGACAAGGGUGUUACCGGUGGACAAAUAUCUAAAACGAUAGAUACUCUAAUGAAUCCAUUGAAAACGUCUAUGAAAACUAUGACUCAAGCCGUGAAAACUAUGCCAGAUAACAUGUUAAACACUGUAGACGGAGUUAUGGAUAAUAUAAGUAAAUUUUUUGGAAAUCCAAAAAAGUCCAACGCCUUUUACGAGAACACUAAAGUUGGUGCUAGUUUGGAUGUAGAGACCGAUGAUAACAUUCCUUUGCGAAUAAUGCUGCUUUUAAUGGAUGAGAUCUUCGACCUAAAAGUAAGAAACCAGUGGCUGAGACGAAGGAUAAUCACAUUACUAAGACAAAUUAUUCGUACGAUGUUUGGAGAUAUAGUAAAUCGAAGAAUAGUUGAGUAUGUUUCCUUACUAACAAGUCCAGCUAGAGUAGCUGGCUAUUUGAAAUUAUUCAAGAGCAGUUUCUGGCCCAAUGGAGUCAAAGCUGAGAAAAAACCACUCAGGGAUGCAGAAAUGAAGAACAGAACGAGGGUAGCAGCCAAAGUCGCUCUUUUAUCCUGUUUUUCAGAUGAACUAAAACAUAUCAUAGGUAGCGAAACAACCAGAAGGGGUCUUCUGAGAGUAUUUGAGCUAUUCCAGCGACCUGUGCUUAAUAGAAGACUUUUGUAUGUGCUCCUGGAAGGAAUUAUAGAGACCCUGUUUCCUCAAAACAACUUAGUGGAUAUUUUCCAGAAACUGUAUUCGAUUUCGCCAAGGGUACAAUAUAGAAACAUUCAGAAAUCUUAAGAUCUGAUUGUUUCACUUGGUGUUGUUUGGAAUUAGGGACAUUUAUGAGUUUUUUCAUUAAAUACUAUCUGCAUCAAAGACCUUAAAAAAUAUUAAAAUGAAAAAUGACUGUUAAAUAGGUUUGAGCAAGCAAUUGAUUUCUUACAAACUAUAUCUGACUCACAAAUAUCGUUUUAUUGAGCAAAUAUCUACAGAAGUGGUUAAGGGAACCAAUAUUCAUGUUUAAAAUUGUAAAAUGCGAAGGACGUAUUUCAGUUAAGGCUCAAAUCAAAAAUUACCUAAGAACUUGUUAAAGGUAAAGCAAUCGUGCAGAUAAUUAUCUUGAGCAGCCAAUUUUAUUGCAAUAAACAAUAGGAAGAAGAAUGGAAGUAGAAAAUUCGAUUUUCAAACUGGGAACAAAUUGAAAGUUCUAUGAAAAAAGGCUUUCUAAAACGUAAUCUCAAUUUCUAUUAAUAUGUAUAUUCGAGUAAAAUAAGCGCAGUAAUCCAGUGGCCAAAUAAGUCUAAUAAACGAUUUACACGAAUUAAUUCGAGCACUUUAAUCGAAUUUCGCCGGUAUUACGUAGGUUAUGAAAUAUUUCACAAAUCUCUUGAUUAUCUCUUAGAGACACAUAUAUUUAAGGACAUUGUGCAUUCCAUUCUGCAUUUUAACGAUGUACUUUAUGCUAAAAUGAAAGAAAAACAAACAUGGACUCACUUUUUACACGUAAGCUAGAAGACCAACUUUUUCACGACAAUGUUAUUCUUCAACGCAUUGUACAGAGCUCAGGAAUUUACAUUCCA